CUCACUUUCCUCUGCAACUGCAAGAACCACGUACCCAAUUCACAUUGAUCUGCUUUUUCACUCGACUUCACAAACGAGAACAAUAACGAUAACCCAAUACAAUACCCUUUUCCUAAGUGAACGCGAUCAAUGCCACUAUCCUCCUACAAUUUCCGUUUCCCGAUAAUCGUUCGGUUCGGUUUUCAUUCCCAUUCCCAUUCCCAUUUCAUUUCACCGAACCGCAUUUUCUCUCAGCUUCUGUGGUAACCACUGAGUUCCUUCCUAUCCUUAAACUUCCAUGACCCAGAAUCGUAGAUUGUCUAUAAUCGCUGGAUCCAGGUGCUUUUCUCACAAUUCGCUGGAUAUCACGCCGACGCCAACGCACACACCAACACCCACACCCAUUUAGUUUUACUCCUUGAUAUCUCCCUUAUAACAACAAAGAUAAAGAUGGGUGAGGGGGAAAAGUUUCAGCUAGGAACUGUCGGCGCGUUGAGUCUAUCCGUGGUGUCAUCAGUGUCGAUUGUGAUUUGCAAUAAGGCGCUGAUGAGCUCCCUACAUUUCAUUUUCGCUACAACUUUGACAAGCUGGCAUCUGCUUGUCACAUUUUGUUCUCUUCAUGUGGCUCUAAAAAUGAGAUUUUUUGAGCACAAACCUUUUGAGCAAAAAGCUGUGAUGGGAUUCGGAAUUCUAAAUGGAAUCUCAAUUGGACUUUUAAAUUUGAGCCUGGGCUUCAAUUCCGUCGGCUUCUAUCAGAUGACUAAGCUGGCAAUCAUUCCAUGUACUAUUCUGUUGGAGAUCCUUUUUCUUGGGAAGAAAUUCAGUAAAAGAAUACAAUUUUCCCUCUCAAUCCUCCUUCUGGGUGUCGGGGUUGCAACAGUUACUGAUUUGCAGCUCAAUGCUUUGGGCUCUUUCUUAUCUUUGCUAGCAGUGAUUACAACAUGUGUUGCUCAGAUUAUGACAAAUACCAUCCAGAAGAAGUUUAAAGUUUCUUCUACCCAACUUCUGUAUCAGUCGUGUCCAUAUCAAGCAGCAACCUUGUUAAUCUCCGGACCAUAUUUGGAUAAACUUCUGACCGACCUAAAUGUCUUUGCUUUCAAGUAUACAACACAAGUGACGUUUGUCAUCGUUCUUUCAUGCCUUAUCUCUAUCUCUGUAAAUUUUAGUACAUUUCUUGUAAUUGGAAAGACAUCUCCAGUCACCUAUCAGGUUCUUGGACAUCUGAAGACAUGCCUUGUAUUGGCUUUUGGUUAUAUUAUUGUCCGUGACCCUUUCAGCUGGAGGAACAUACUGGGGAUUUUGAUAGCCAUGGUUGGGAUGCUUCUAUAUUCCUACAAUAGCAUUCUUGAGAAUCAGCAAAAAGCAGCCGAAGCUGCAGCACAAGCAUCACAGGCAAGAGAAGGUGAAUCUGAUCCUAUCAUUAAUGUGGAAAAUGGAUCUGCACUAUUGAGCAAAAGGCAGGCCCCUGUCUGGGGCAAAGAUAAAGACUAGCACGCUGGAUGAGCUUUUCUAAAUCACCACUAAGAACAGUAUAUGGAUCUAUAGAGGAAUUAUACCCUUAAUUAGAAAGUUCUCCAAACUUCAAGUCUCAAAUACUUACAAGUGUGAAUUGUUUCACUUGGUAGUCGGUAUUAUUAGUUUAGCAUUUUGUGCAUUGAUAGCCAGCCAACAAUAUUAGUGGGGGGAAAAAAAUACAUGGUCAUGUCUAAGUUCUUUGGCCAACAAGUAUGGUUGAGUUUAGCUAAUACUUACUGGAAAUUUUUCACGUCAUGUUACAUAUAUUCUAUAUAUAAAUAUUCCAAUU